AUGAGCAAAAAUAAAGGCAAAGUAGGAAAAAUAGUUGCUAAAACAAUGAACACAUCAAAUAAGGAAGAAUCGAAAGAUAGUGCCAUAUCGAUGAGUAAAAAUGGUGAAAUUAUACUCAGAAUUCAUGCAAAACCAAAUGCAAAAACAACACGUAUUAUAGUAUUUUUUAUUUUAUAUAUUGGUACGAAUCAAAUUGAACUUGCAAUUGCGUCACCUCCACAUGAUGGUCAAGCAAAUGAAACAUUGAUCAAUGCUAUGAUGGAUAUUCUAGAAUUGCAUAAAAACGAAAUUACAUUUCAUACGGGUAUUCGAUCAAGAUCAAAGAUAUUACGAAUAACUAGCAGACGUAUCACUUUACAAGAAGUACAGGAAAAAUUGAAAAGACAUAUCAUCGAAAAGGGAUAA